GCACGUCUAAGAAGAGUAACCGAGGCACGCAGCUGCACAAAUACUACAUGAAGCGCAGGACUCUGCUGCUGGCCUUACUGGCGAGCGAGAUCGAGCGGCUGACGACGUGGUACAACCCGCUUUCCACUCAGGAACUGGCCAUCGCCACGGAGCAGUCGGUGGAGACCAGCAUCGCCAACUGGAGGUCCAAAUACAUCAGUCUGACUGAGAAACAGUGGAAGGACAACGUCAACCUGGCCUGGGGUAUCGCACCUUACCUGGCCAUGCAGCUCCCGACCAGGUUUAAGAAUGACGCCAUUGUUGCUGAGGUGACCCGGCUGGUGAGGCUGGAUCCCGGAGCUGUCAGUGACGUACCCGAGGCCGUCAAGUGGUUUGUCUUCAUAUCUCCUCCCCUCAAAGGCACGUCUAAGAAGAGUAACCGAGGCACGCAGCUGCACAAAUACUACAUGAAGCGCAGGACUCUGCUGCUGGCCUUACUG